AACGAACGUGGGCUCUCCAAACCUCUCUCUCUCUCUCUCUCUCUCUCUCUCUCCUCCGAUCCAUCGCCAUGGCGCCUCUCGCCCCGAGAAGCGGCGACGCCGUAUUCGCCAGCGUCGAGCGCGUCAAUGCGGAGCUCUUCACCCUCACCUAUGGGGCGAUCGUGCGGCAGCUCAUCACGGAUCUCGAGGAGGUGGAGGAGGUCAACAAGCAGCUCGAUCAGAUGGGUUAUAAUAUCGGAGUUCGGUUGAUUGAUGAGUUUCUAGCAAAGUCCAAUGUGUCGAGAUGCGUGGACUUCAAGGAGACAGCUGAAGUAAUUGCAAAGGUUGGCUUCAAAAUGUUCUUAGGGGUCACCGCAACUGUGAUCAACUGGGAUGCCGAGGGCACGAGCUGCAGCCUCGUUUUGGAAGAUAACCCUCUCGUGGAUUUUGUCGAGCUUCCCGACACAUGCCAAGGCCUUUCCUACUGUAACAUCUUAAGCGGAGUUAUUCGUGGGGCGCUAGAAAUGGUCUCAAUGAAGACCGAAAUCACGUGGGUUCGAGAUAUGCUGCAGGGAGACGACGCUUACGAGCUGCGCGUAAAACUUCUGAAGCAAGUCCCCGAGGAGUACCCAUACAAAGAUGAUGAUUGAUAAUUCUGAUGUAAAAUCAGUUGAUUAAUGUAGUAAUAGUUUUCCGUUUGCCGAAAGAUUCAUUUACUUUUAGUGGUGAGUUCUGCCCUUUCUCAUGUGAAAGAAACAAGAGUUCAGAUUUAUUGCUUGGCACUUUUUCUGCA